CAUCGUCUCCCUGAGUUGGGCGCCAGACCUCCGAGUAGUCGGCCAGAUACCGUGAGCGCAGUGAAACAGGACUUAACCCCCAAGAAAACCAUGGCACUAUUUCGAUUUUCGGCUAAACGGUGCCUCGAAGCACAGAAAAUUGGCUCAACCGCAACCAAUGUACUUCGACCACUCUCCGAUGCCUCCACCGAUCUUAAAAAGGUCUUGGCUGAACAGAUUCCCAAGGAACAGGAACGUGUCAAGGCUUUCCGUAAGACUCAUGGAGCUGUCAAAGUCGGAGAAGUCACCGUCGACAUGAUGUACGGAGGAAUGAGAGGCAUUAAAGGUCUUGUGUGGGAGCCUUCGGUGCUGGAUGCCGAUGAGGGCAUUCGUUUCCGUGGCAAAUCUAUUCCGGAGUGCCAAAAGGUCCUACCAAAGGCUGCUGGAGGUGCGGAGCCCCUCCCCGAAGGUCUAUUCUGGUUGCUCAUCACCGGCGAUGUACCAACCGACGCUCAGGUCAAAGCUGUCUCCCAAGAAUGGGCUACGAGGAGCGCUCUUCCAAGCCAUGUCACUAAAAUGCUCAAUAAUUUCCCCAAAACACUUCAUCCUAUGACGCAGUUCUCCGCAGCCAUCACUGCCCUUAACAGCGAAAGUGUGUUCGUUAAGGCUUACUCCAGCGGAGUUCAUAAGACAAAAUACUGGGAAUCAGUCUACGAAGACAGCAUGAACCUUAUCGCCAAGCUCCCUGUCGUCGCUGCCACGAUCUACAGAAAUACUUAUCAAGAUGGCAAGGGACUUGGAUCCGUCGAUGCCAACAAGGAUUGGUCAUGGAAUUUCUCAAGCAUGCUCGGCUACGACAAUCCCCAAUUCGUUGAGCUCAUGCGUCUCUACCUCACCAUCCACUCCGACCACGAGGGAGGCAACGUUUCUGCCCACACCACUCACUUGGUAGGAUCUGCUCUGUCGGAUCCCUACCUAUCUUUUGCCGCCGGUAUGAACGGAUUGGCUGGUCCUCUCCACGGUCUUGCCAACCAGGAAGUGCUCGUCUGGCUCCAGAAAUUGCGGGCGCAAGUUGGCGAUAAUCCCAGUGAUGAAAAACUCAAGGACUUCAUCUGGAGUACAUUGAAGAGUGGUCAGGUUGUUCCCGGGUAUGGACACGCUGUACUCAGAAAGACUGAUCCACGAUACACCUGUCAGCGGGAAUUCGCCUUGAAACAUUUACCCGAUGACAGUCUCUUCAAGCUUGUGUCCCAAGUAUACAAGGUGGUUCCCCCAAUUCUAUUGGAAACUGGCAAGGUCAAGAACCCGUGGCCGAAUGUAGAUGCUCACUCCGGAGUUCUCCUUCAAUACUACGGACUGAAGGAGAUGAACUACUACACAGUUCUGUUCGGAGUUUCAAGAGCCCUAGGAGUUCUCGCCUCUUUGGUGUGGGACCGUGCUCUUGGUCUGCCCAUUGAGCGCCCCAAGUCUCUCAGUACCGAUCUUCUUAUGAAGGCUGUUAAAGCUGCUUAAAUCAGGGAAGGCGAUAUUAAGUCAACAUCUUUGUACAUUUGAGAAACACACCAGCAUCGCACCAAGCUUUGUUAGGCCAACUUUUUAGACUUGGUUUCAUAUUCGAUAUGAGCUGAAAAGUACCACGAAUAUCUAUGAGAGCUCAAUUCAACGUAUUUUGAUACUGACGUGCACAGGAGUCGAGUGAAAUACCGACUUCGAUCAUGAAUCAGUGAUAGAAAACAAUAUUGACAAAUAAUCAUGUUAUCAUGCAAUCAUGUAUUAUUAGUCAUUACCAUCUAGCGCAACGAUAACGAAGAAAAAAACACUAGCGGUAGGUAAUAGUUUCAUGAUAAUCGUCGGCCAAGCAAGUCGCCAGUAUAUAUACUUAUACUGUUGAACAUAAGAAAACGGAUUCUAGAUGUAGUUGUCACAUGCGUAAGCAAUUAGCUAUGCCAUUUGGUUAUUGUUGUUAAUAUUCUCAUUUGAGAGUCCAUCAUUUCUCGUAGUGAUUCUUAAACACCCAUAUGUUCACGAUGCCAAGGUUGUAUUAAGAUGAAAAUCAUCACUUAUUGGCUGGUUUUAAGUGAGAGUCCAAUUUUAUGGAUUAUUAGAGUUAUUGAAUGAUCGGUAUGUAUUGGAAAUCACAGCAUUGUUCAAUCAUUGCAAUUGUAAAAUAUUUUUCUUUGGCUCAUCAUGGCAUAGCAGCAGCUUGUGAGACAUUCAGCGAAGUUGCAGUUAGUCGCUACAAUGUGUAAAUUAAGGACGUGUCGAGUGGUAGAUCCACUGCCGUAUGAGUGAAUGUGUGAGUGCGAUACUUUAUUUAUAGUAAAAGUUAAAUAAAUAGGAACCCUGAUUACAAACCAUA